UGCUUUAUGGGGAGGGAAGAAUUGUUCUUGCCUUUCACAGUUUUUCCAGUGGGUUUCAAGGUAACGAGCUUCUUAUUAUCUAGCUCAUAACUGCAGUAAGGAAAAAGCUUUACUGCUUGCGGCCGAGAUGACUUUUUCAAGGGAGAAAAAGGGAUUUCUAUAACAAAGGGAGCGAGAUGAAGAGGGAAGGAGUAAGGGAGAGAGGGAAGGAGGGAGAAAGAGAGAGAUUUGAAUAUACAUUGCUUCAAGGAUACAAAAAAUUACAACCUGGGAAAGGCUUCGAGUAACUUUAGGAAAAUGAGCUGCUGGAGUCCUCAGUCAAUCUGUCCUUUCUGGUCAAUGAAAAAGACCGGGUUUGAAGUUCCUUCCGAAACGGGGCCGGCUAAUUUAGCCCCUCCCACGAACCCAAGGGUCUGUUAUAUCUCUGUUUCCUUGAGUACCUCUCUUUCGGAGACCGACCACAGCAAGCAGAGGCUGGGGGAAAAGAAACGAAGAAAGAGGAAAACAAAAGCUGCUACUUAUGGAAGAUACAAAGGAGUCUAACGUGAAGACAUUUUGCUCCAAGAAUAUCCUAGCCAUCCUUGGCUUCGCCUCUAUCAUAGCUGUGAUAGCUUUGCUUGCUGUAGGACUGACGCAGAACAAAGCAUUGCCAGAAAAUGUUAAGUAUGGGAUUGUGCUGGAUGCAGGUUCUUCUCACACAAGUUUAUACAUCUAUAAGUGGCCAGCAGAAAAGGAGAAUGACACAGGGGUGGUGCGUCAAGUAGAAGAAUGCAGGGUUAAAGGUCCUGGAAUCUCAAAAUAUGUUCAGAAAGUAAAUGAAAUUGGCAUGUACCUGACUGAAUGCAUGGAAAGAGCUAGGAAAGUGAUUCCAAAGUCCCAGCACCAAGAGACACCCGUUUACCUGGGAGCCACAGCAGGCAUGCGGUUGCUCAGGAUGGAAAGUGAAGAGUUGGCGGACAGAGUCCUGGGUAUGGUAGAGAGGAGCCUCAGCAACUACCCUUUUGACUUCCAGGGUGCCAGGAUCAUUACUGGCCAAGAGGAAGGUGCUUAUGGCUGGAUUACUAUCAACUAUCUGCUGGGCAAAUUCAGUCAGAAAUCGAGGUGGUUUGGCAUAGUCCCAUAUAAAACUGAUAAUCAGAAAACCUUUGGAGCUUUGGACCUUGGGGGAGCCUCUACACAAAUCACUUUUGUACCCCAAAACCAGACUAUUGAGUCCACAGAUAAUGCUCUGCAAUUUCGCCUGUACGGCAAGGACUACAAUAUCUACACACAUAGCUUCUUGUGCUAUGGGAAGGAUCAGGCACUCUGGCAGAAACUGGCCAAGGACAUUCAGGUUGCAAGUAAUGAAAUUCUCAGGGACCCAUGCUUUCAUCCUGGAUAUAAGAAGGUAGUGAACGUGAGUGACCUUUACAAGACCCCCUGCACCAAGAGAUUUGAGAUGACUCUUCCAUUCCAGCAGUUUGAAAUCCAGGGUACUGGAAACUAUCAACAAUGCCAUCAAAGCAUCCUGGAGCUUUUCAACACCACUUACUGCCCUUACUCCCAGUGUGCCUUUAAUGGGAUUUUCUUGCCACCACUCCAGGGGGAUUUUGGGGCAUUUUCCGCUUUUUACUUUGUGAUGAAUUUUUUAAACUUGACAUCAGAGAAAGUCCCUCAGGCAAAGGUGACUGAGAUGAUGAAAAAGUUCUGCUCUCAGCCUUGGGAGGAGAUAAAAACAUCUUUCACUGGAGUAAAGGAGAAGUACCUGAGUGAAUACUGCUUUUCUGGUACCUACAUCCUCUCCCUCCUUCUGCACGGCUAUCAUUUCACAGCUGAUUCCUGGGAGCACAUCCAUUUCAUUGGCAAGAUCCAGAGGAGCGAUGCCGGCUGGACUUUGGGCUACAUGCUGAACCUGACCAACAUGAUCCCAGCUGAGCAACCAUUGUCCGCACCUCUCUCCCACUCCACCUAUGUCUUCCUCAUGGUUCUGUUCUCCCUGGUCCUUGUCGCAGUGGCCAUAAUAGGCUUGAUUAUCUUUCACAAGCCUUCGUGUUUCUGGAAAGAUAUGGUAUAGCAAGAGCAGCUGCAAUAUGCUGGCUGGAGUGAGAAAAAAAUUAUCCAGGGAGCGUUUUCCUCUAUCACAGUGUUCAAGGCCAUCCUUCCCUGUUUACCGGGGUCAGUCUUGACCAGUGUGAUGCUUCCUUGGCUUUUGCUGAAGCCUUUCUUUUGGAGAUAUUCAACAUCCUCUGCCUCAAGGACUUCCAGCAGAAACAGUCUCUUUAGUGAGUUUUUCCCCAGCUACCCCUUUCUCCUUUGUACUUUGUGCUUGUGUGGGUUUUAAAGACCUGCCACCUUUCAUAAUCUUUGCUUUAUAAAAGAACAAUAUUGACUUUGUCUGGAAGAACUGAGAGUCCUGAGUCCUGUGAUGGAGGCUGAACUGGCUGAAAGAAGAAUCUCAGGAACUGAUUCAGUUGUACUCUUGAAGAACCCCUUUCUCUCCUGUUUGCCAUCCAUUAAGAAAGCCAUACAAUGCCUUUGGAGAAGGCAGAUACACAUCACAUUCCCAGCCUGCCCUGUGGGUAGGAGAAUUUUCUACAGUAGGCAAAUAUGUGCUAAAGCAAAAGAGUUUUAUAAGGAAAUGUAUGUGCUCAUGCAGUCAGUACAGUUCUUAAUCCCACCCAAAGCAGAGUGUCAAUAAAUCACAUAUUCCUAGGUGAUACCUAAAUGCUACAGAGUGGAACACUCAUACCAGAGAUUUGCAAAAAGCAGAUAUACAUAUACACAUUAAAACAUCAGGGCUUACUAUGUGGUAGGUGGUAUAUACAUAUCACAAAGAAAAAUACUUACAACUCAGGGUCAUAAAAAUGCAUCUUCCAAUGCAUCAUUUUACUAUGGUAAAAUAUACAUACAUACAAUUCACCAGUUUAACAUUUAAUUCAUAUUAAAUACAUACAAAUCAGUGACAUUUAGUACAUUCACAGUGUUGUGCCACCAUCACCACUAUUUAGUUCCAGAACAUUUGCAUCAUCAAUUUGUCUAGAGACAAGACCAUCCUGGGUAGGCACAAAUCACAGAUCUUUCUGUUUACAGCUGUGCAAACCAACUGUACCAUAAAGAUGGCUCACUGAGUUUUAAAGCCAAGCCACAUCUUAUUUUUCCAGGGCUUAAUUUAGUGAGAGGGCAGCAUUAGUGUGGAGUGUGGAGUGGCAUGCUUUUGCCGUAUCAUGGAAUUUACACAUCAAAAUGUGCAGGAGCCAAGUCUGAAAAUGUUGUUGCCACGCCCAUCACACAAUAUAGGCUUCGUUUGCUUAUUCCAUGAAGUAUUUUGUGGAAGCAGCAGCAGCUAUGAACUUUACCAUGGAGACAUGAAGAGAUUGUACCCCUUUCCUUUAAGCACUGCUGCCAGAGUUACCUGUUGAGCAGGAUUGCCUGGUGAUGUUUCAUUCUGACCUUGUCCCAAGUUCUCCAUCUCUAGAUCUGGGGACUGACUAUUGAGCUGAUGGGGAAAGAAAAGCUCUCACACAAACUAGAAGCCACAUGUCCCUAUAUCUCUUAAAUGAUCAAGUCAAUUUUGACAACAGCCAGGUGAAUAUAAAAACUUAAUAAAGCUGUGGAAUGGAACUCUUAA